CUCACGUGGAAAGCAGUGCAGUUGGGCGCCAGCUUCAGCCGGUAAAAUCAAACGGCAGGUGGAUGAUGGGCCCCACGCAAACUCGAAGAAGCGAAAUCCUGGCGCACAUGGCAUUCAAUUCACGCCGGAAACGACGCGCUGCGCCGCGCUGCGAUCAACGGCAGCUGGCCCGUCACGUUCUCCUCAUUUAUCUCUUCCCGAAUUAGCAAUUUGGCCUUUUGAAGGAAAAAAAAUACUUAUUAAUUUUAUUUCUUUAUGUGUAAAAUUAGGCAACUCCGAACUUCCCUUCAGUUUCUCACCGACUGCAUGUUCACUGGGCUGCUACUUUAGUCCCGAGACCGAGUGGCGAAUAGCUAGCGAGUGGAAGAAGGGGAGAGGAGGAGAAGAGAGAGAGAGUGAAAUGGUGAAGCAGCAGCGAUUGCGAUCGAGCUCGGCGGAAGCGGUGGGUUGGGGGGCGGUGGCGCUGCUUUGGGCCACCGCCCUGGCGGUGCCUUGCUUCGCCGCCGACCCCUACGCUUACUUCGACUGGGAUGUGACCUACAUCACCGCUUCUCCCCUCGGCGUCCCUCAGCAGCUGAUCGCGAUCUCGAAUCAAUUUCCUGGUCCCGUUAUGAACGUGACUACGAACUGGAAUGUGGUCGUCAAUGUGCUCAAUAGCUUGGAUGAGCCCCUCCUCAUCACAUGGGAUGGGAUUCAGCAGCGAAAGAAUUGUUGGCAGGACGGAGUUUUGGGCACCAACUGCCCCAUCCCGCCCGGCUGGAACUGGACCUACCAAUUCCAAGUGAAGGACCAGAUCGGCAGCUACUUUUACUUCCCUUCCUUGGGGCUCCAUCGUGCUGCAGGAGGAUAUGGUGGGAUCACUGUCAAUAACCGCGAUGUGAUCGCUGUGCCGUUUGGGAAGCCGGAUGGGGACUUCACCCUCUUCAUCGGGGAUUGGUAUAUCCGGAAUCACACGGAUUUAAGGCAGGCACUUGAUGAUGGCAAAGACCUUGGGAUGCCUGACGGUGUCUUGAUGAACGGAAAAGGCCCAUAUCGUUAUAAUACCACACUUGUCCCUGAUGGCAUUGAUCACGAAACAGUCAAAGUUGAACCAGGAAAAACAUACCGUUUCAGAGUUCACAAUGUCGGGACAUCAACAAGCUUGAACUUUAGAAUUCAAAAUCACAACAUGAUUCUUGUAGAGACAGAAGGAACAUAUACUGCACAACAGAAUUUUACCAACCUUGAUAUCCAUGUUGGCCAAUCAUACUCCUUUUUGGUCACCAUGGAUCAGAAUGCAAGCAGUGAUUAUUACAUCGUAGCUAGUGCUAGAUUCGUAAAUGAAUCACUAUGGACCAGAGUAACUGGUGUUGCCAUUUUACAUUAUUCAAAUUCUGGAGGUAAAGCUUCUGGUCCUCUCCCCGAUCCUCCUAAUGAUUUCUAUGACAAGACAUUUUCAAUGAAUCAGGCUAAAUCUGUCAGGAUGAAUGUAAGUGCUGGUGCUGCACGUCCUAAUCCUCAAGGUUCAUUUAGAUAUGGUUCCAUCAAUGUGACCCAGGUUUAUGUUUUGAGAAAUAUGCCUCCUGUGACGAUCAAUGGAAAACGAAGGACUACUCUUAAUGGCAUAUCAUAUUCUAAUCCUGAUACUCCCUUGAGGCUUGCUGAUCAGUAUAAUAAGGAGGGAGUUUAUACACUUGAUUUCCCUACAAGACCACUUGAUAGACCACCUCGAAAUGGAACAUCUGUGAUCAAUGGUACUUAUAAGGGGUUCAUGGAAAUCAUAUUCCAAAAUAAUGACACCACAGUUCAGACAUACCACAUGGAUGGAUAUGCAUUUUUCGUUGCGGGGAUGGACUAUGGAGAGUGGACAGAAGACAGUAGAGGCACCUACAACAAGUGGGAUGGAGUUUCUCGCUGUACCACACAGGUAUUUCCAGGGGCAUGGACUGCUGUUCUAGUCUCACUCGACAAUGUAGGAUUUUGGAACGUGCGAGUCGAGAAUCUUGAUACACGCUACCUUGGCCAGGAGUUAUAUCUGAGAGUUGUCAAUCCGGAAGACCACUCUAACAAGACCGAAAUGUCAAUGCCAGAUAAUGUUCUCUAUUGUGGUCUCCUCCGCAAUAUGCAGACGCAGCAGACACCUCAUGGCUCUCAAACUUCGGCUUCUUUUAUCACAUAUGCCGGAGGCUUGCUGUUCACUUCAAUGUUGAUUUUGGUCUCUACUGUUAUUUCCUUUAACUAACCCAAUUCAGAGUUAAAGCCCGAUUGUGGAUAUGGAAGGUCUUUCAACCCGCCUCAGCAAUCAGAUUUGUUUGAAACUUAGGUCUUGGGCACAUCUUUUAUUGAUAUUGAGUUUGUUUUGGUUCUUGUUACCAUCAUGUAUUAUGGUCAUUCAUUUAGGUAGGAUGCAUUGUUGAUUAUUUAACCAAUGCAAUUUUCCAUUCACUCUCUAUAGGAUUACAUAGUUGAAGUUAGAAAAUGCUUAAUUUUGUUACAUGGCAAGUUGUAGAAGAAGAAAGUACACUUUUAUCGACUGCAAUUUUAAUUCUCUUCUUUUA